GAUCUUCUUGAAGCACUUUGCUGCGCAUAUGACGGACAACCAAACCAUGGCAAAAUUCCCGUCUUGGACGCGGAUCACUCUAGCGAUCUUCUUCUGCAUCCAUCUGCUGCUGGCUGGUGGACAGUUUGUGCGAGCAGUAGAAUUGAAGGGGACGCAUUGCCCAGGCCAAGGCAGUCAGUGUUCGCAGCACGGCGUGUGUGCGAUCAACCGACAGGGAGAACAUGUGUGCAAUUGCCAGUGGGGAUACACAUCUCCAGACUGCUCUAUAAAAAUGUGCCCGUAUGGAGCCAAUCCAACGUCGUCCCAGCAGGAAGAUAAGACGAUUAGCCUAAGGAUCACGACUAACGGUGGUGCUUCAAUCACGGGUGGAGCAUUGGCGAUAACGUUCCAGGCGCACACAGUAGAUUUCGAAAUGCCGCUCGAACAAGUGACGAGCGAAGUAUGCACUAGUAUCUUCCGGCGUUUCCAAAACCUCGGAGAGUUGACGUGCAAACAAGUACAUUUUUAUGGAUCUUCGUCCGCCACAUUUGACAUCACGCUUCACACGUUCCCCACAUUUCCAAUCAUGAACAAUCUGUAUUAUCACAAUGGCAAUCCGCCAGUGUCCGAAUUCUGGUGCGACGCAACAAACGUCCAGCUCUCGUCACCAUCGGGAGCAGUGCAGUGUGUUUUCGAGAGCAUUAACGAUGUCAAUGUGAAGUCCUAUGAAGAGUGCAGUGGACACGGUGACUGUAACGCUGAAACGGGAAUUUGCGCCUGCCACGAGGGAUAUUACGGCGACCACUGUGGAAAGAACAAAGACGACGAAGAUGUCCUAGUUGCUCCAGCGCUGGGACCACUUUUCAAGGGAAAUGUUCUGCAUUUAUCAGCGACGAGAGGAUUGUCCUCUGAUUUCCAAAUCGUACGCGCCGAUGUCGGUGGACAAGCAGUAUUUACCAUGAACGGACGCGGCGAUACUACCUGGCAUCGCGGGUCACUGCAACUUCGCGAAGGAGGACUAUACAUGAGUGGUGGCGCCUUGCAACUACAAAAAGACAGCACAUUCGAGAUGAAAGACGGACGUGCGCGACUUCAAGAUACAUCGCUACAUCUGCAGCUGCAAAUGGCCACCUCAGCCUCCACCGGCGGUGCCGCUUUGCUUAAUGUUGAGAGACUCUCUGCAGCCUCUACGUCCGAGUUGUCAACGCUUCCAGAUUACAUGCGCAUUUCGCACCCUAAAGGGCCCAUUUUGCGAGUAAGUGGAGCAGGACAGACUGUCAUCCACAGUGGCGGCCUAGAGAUACUUAAAGGCGGUCUGAGACUCGAGCGCGGUGGUAUUCAGGUACUGUCGGACGGAAUCAAAGUUAUGAGCGGAGGACUUGACGUUCAAAGCGGAAACUUAGCUGUUCGCUCUGGCACUUUAAGUCUGAAAAAUGGGCAGACAACACUUACUGCACCCGCUGGUCCGGUACUAUUACUACAGCGUGAUGGUACUGAUGGCACGUCGCAUUCUAGACCGCUAAUUGAGGCUAGAGGUAGCAGAAGCAGCGAAAGUAAAGUUUUUGAAGUGCUUGAUUCGGGAUCGACGGUAGUGCACAGCGGUGGUUUGCACGUGCUUGCUGGUGGUGUGACCAUCGAAUCUGGAGGCCAAACGAUCAUGUCCGGUGGUCUGCGUGUGGCGUCUGGUGGUAUUCAAGUCGAGUCUGGGAGUCUCACCACCCGAGAUGGUUUCUCAAUCGAAGAUGGUGGGCUAACCGUUAAAACCGAGCAAGUGAACGGUAAAGCUCUUCAUGUGGCAUCACCUAACGCCAACUUUGCUGGCGCGUUGUUGAGCUUUGAUCUCUCUAACCACCAUCUCCAUACACCGCCAUUUCGUAUUAUUGAGGCAUUGAAACCUACCGAUUCUGAAAGCCGCACUACUCAAACAGAAAGCGUUUUUUCAGUGGACUCAUUAGGCAACUUGGAGACGCAUGGAGACGUCACUACUACUCGCGGUGGUCGGAUAAUUGCAAACGGAGCUCUGGUCUCCCAGGCCCAGGCCGUUUUUUCGAGUGUUCAGCUUCGCGCCUCUAAUAAUCUCGUCAUCCCAAGUACCAACAGCUACGUUCAGAUCACCAACGAUGGAGUUGCUUCUCCAAAUACGGCGAGAAUUGAUUGUGAACACGCGUAUGCUGGUCAGUUGCUUGUCAUCCAGAACGACGAUGAACAGCCCCUGGGUGGCGAACUCAACGUAGCGGCAGGUGCAGCAGCCAUUUUCGUAUUUGACGGCGGCGUGUGGCGUCCUUUGACUGCAGCGGUGUUUGAUACGUCGUCACUUACGGGCGUUAAAACUCUGGAAGCUGAAAAUGAUCUCAAUUUGGGCGAGAUCACGCUAUCAGUGCAGUCUGUUCAGGUAGCUGGACAACGUGCUGGCUUCGUGGCUGUGUACGGCAAAGGUGGCGUUCUGGAGCAGCAUGGCAGUCUGCGCUUUGAUGCCACGUCGGGCACAUUCAGCGCUGAAAAAAUCGAGGUCCAGCGCAUGCGUGGCUCCAUUGAUAUGAGUGAGAGUGAGCUACGAGGCGUAGAAAUCAUUGGUGGUCACAUUAGCAGCGUCAACAUGACGGCCAUCGAGAUGGUGGAAGUGCAGGGCGAGCUCUUCGUCGAGGACGAGGCGUUUUUCGGCGCAAGUGUGACAGUGGACGGCCAAGUUAUGGGCUCAGGAGCCUACGUAGAUGCAUCGGACGAGCGAUUCAAGUGCGACAUCCAUCAAAUCGCCAACGCCUCCGAGGUUGUAGCUCAACUGCGCGGUGUCGAGUAUGCGUACAAUUCGGCCGAGUUCCCUGAUAAAUUUCCACAUGAUGGUCAACGUGAAUUGGGAUUCAUAGCUCAAGAGGUGGAGAAAGUCGCUCCUCAAGUUGUGUCCACAGACGCUGACGGAUUCAAAUACGUGGCAUACGCACGACUGAUGCCUGUGGUAGUGGAGGCUCUCAAGCGAGAGCAGCAACGCGCAGACGAGAGCGACAAGCGCAUCCAGCAACUUGAGACCGAAAUGAGUGAUCUCAAACGUUCGCUACAAGCACAGCAAGAAAUGUUCCAGCGGCUCCAGCAGCAGUUUGAAGAACAGCGUGAUUCCUACAUAGAUCCAGAACCACUACAGCAAGUGCAAUAACUCAAGACCA